AUGUAUGUUUAUAAAAGAGACGGAAGAAAAGAACGCGUUUAUUUUGACAAGAUUACUUCAAGGAUAUCUAAGCUAUGCUAUGGUUUAAAUAUGGAGUUCGUUGAUCCUCCAAAAAUAUCACAAAAGGUUAUCAGUGGUAUGUAUCAAGGUGUUACAACCGUCGAACUAGACAACCUGGCAGCUGAGACAGCAGCUUAUUUGACGUGUAAUCAUCCGGACUACGCUAUUUUGGCGGCUCGAAUUGCUAUAUCAAAUUUACAUAAGGAAACGACGAAACAGUUCAGUGUUGUUAUCCAAGAACUUUAUCAUCAUGUUAAUCCUACACGGAAAAUUCAUGCGCCUUUAGUUUCGAAAGAAGUAUAUGAUAUUGUUAUGGAGAAUGCAGACAGGUUAAAUUCGGCGAUUAUCUACGAUAGAGAUUACGCUUAUAACUAUUUCGGUUUCAAAACUUUGGAAAAAAGUUAUUUGAUGAAAAUCGAAGCGAGAGUUGUAGAAAGACCGCAGCAUAUGUUAAUGCGCGUGUCGAUUGGUAUUCAUGGAAAUGAUAUCAAUGCAGCUAUAGAGACUUAUAAUCUAAUGUCUGAAAAAUAUUUUACUCACGCGAGCCCUACUUUAUUUAAUGCUGGUACACCGAGACCUCAAAUGUCUAGUUGUUUUUUGGUGCAGAUGAAGGAUGACAGCAUUGAAGGCAUUUAUGAUACAAUUACAACGUGCGCAUUAAUUUCCAAAUCGGCCGGCGGUAUUGGAAUUAGUACACAAAAAAUCCGUGCUUCUGGAUCGUAUAUCGCCGGUACCGGUGGGACUUCAAAUGGCCUUGUUCCUAUGCUUCGCGUAUUCAAUGACACUUCACGAUUUGUAAAUCAAGGUGGUGGAAAGAGAAAUGGUAGUUUUGCAGUUUAUAUUGAGCCUUGGCAUUCAGACAUAUUCGAAUUUCUUGAUCUAAGGAAAAAUACUGGAAAGGAAGAAAUCAGGGCACGAGACUUAUUUCUAGGACUUUGGAUUCCGGAUCUGUUUAUGAAAAGAGUGGAGAAAAACGAGGAUUGGUCAUUAUUUUGUCCACACGAAUGCCCUGGCCUUGAUAGUGUUUAUGGUCAAGCGUUCGAUGAUUUAUUUACCAAAUAUGAAAGAGAAGGAAAGGCACGUAAAACGAUCAAGGCACAAAAGUUAUGGCUUGCUAUUGUUGAUUCCCAAAUAGAGACUGGGAUGCCUUAUAUGGUCUAUAAAGAGUAUACCGCUCCAGACGAAGUAGCAGUGUGCAAUUUAGCAUCAAUCUCACUUCCUAAGUUCGUUAAUGUCAAAACGAAAACUUUUGAUUUCGAUAAACUUCAUGAAAUAGCCAAAGUUGUCAUCAGAAACCUAAAUAAGGUCAUUGACAAGAAUUACUAUCCUGUUCCUGAAGCCGAGAAAAGUAACAAGAGACAUAGGCCCCAAAUUCUUGGUAAUAAUGAAUGUUUUGAACCAUACACGAGCAAUAUUUACACACGUCGUGUCUUAAGCGGAGAAUUCCAAGUUGUGGUAAUGAUAAAGAUAAUUGUGUUAACGACAAUUAUAAAUAUUGUAUCUAAUAAUUCUAACAUUGAUGUUCAGAACCAUCAUUUACUCAACGAUUUGACCGAAAUGGGUAUUUGGAAUGAGAAAAUGAAGAAUGAAAUAAUCGCUGCUAAUGGCUCUGUUCAAGGGUUUGAAGAGUUGGAUGAUGAUUUAAAGAAACUUUAUAAAACAAUUUGGGAAAUACCACAAAGGGCUCUUAUAGAUUUUGCAGCAGAUCGAGCACCAUUCAUUGAUCAAUCACAAUCAUUGAACGUAUUUCUUUCUGAGCCGAGUGUCGGCAAAAUAUCAUCUAUGCAUUUGUAA